GACUGACAGGCGAGGGUCGGGAAGGGAGGACGCAGGCGGCCAGCGCUGCUCCUCAGACCCCCAUGAUGAGAGCCCGGAAGCAGCUGCGCACCGGGAGGAAGCCGGGAGCGACCAUUUCGCCUCUUAGCCUCCUUCUCCGGACAGUUACCCAGAGACGCCACAUCCCUUCCGGCACUCCUCACCCUGUCUCUUCUUCCAUCCCAGUGCAGCUCCGAGGGGCUCCUGCUGUCGCUGGUGCCCUGCGUCAGGGCUGCUCUGGGGCGCGCCACCCCCGCACCCACACCGAGUGGUUCGGUCCCGUUGCCAUGGUGGCGGCGUCGGUAGGGCGGGAAGGAGGGAGAGAGUAUGGCUGCUCUAGCCCAGCUCCAGGCCAGGCUAUCGGUGCUGCGGGAGGAGUAUUUCCGUAGGCACAGAUCUGCAGAUGAAGACAGAAGAAGAGAGUACAAAGCAGCUGUCAAAAUCCAGAGCUGGUUUCGAGGAUGCAGAGUUCGAGCCUAUCUAAGAUAUCUGACCAAUAUGGUGAUCUUAAUACAGAAGUGGUGGAGAGGCUAUCAAAGCAGAAGACAUUUCAGAAAAAUUGUGAAGACAGCAUAUUUUAUUAUGAAGAUGAAUUUCUACAAUGAAAUGGCUGUCAGGAUUCAGAAAAGAUGGCGAGGCUACUAUGUUCGGAAAUACAUCCAUAACUACUAUGCACUGAAGAAAUACCUGGAAGCUGUCUCUUUAAAUAAUGAGAUUGUCAGGACUGAACUCCAAGAGUACACAGAAAUGAAAGAAAAGGAAGACAAAAAGAAAGACCUAGAAAGGAAAGAAAAGGAAAAGAAGUACCAAGCCCGAAAGAUGCAUUACCUCCUUAGCACUGAGCAGAUUGCAGGCAUCUACAACUCACCAUUCAGAAAAUGCCCAGAUCCAAUGGAACUGCUCUUACGAAGCUCAAAGCCUUUGAGCCACAGCCGGCAGCAAAUGAAGAGUCACUCUGCUUAUGGAUUCUAUGACUGGCCAACUUGUAGAAGGCCUCCAGCUUUCUUCACAGAACAGUCAUUGCCACCUAUUGGCUGGCAGAAACCUCAGGGGCCUUUCCGCAAUGCCGCUGAAGUGUUGCAGCAGCGCUACAAGCCUUUGGAGCCAACUUUGCGAGUGGCAGCGUCAGUCCAUUCACCACUAGAGAAGGCCAAGGAAGACAUGAAAAGAGAGAAGUGGAGAAACUAUAUACAUGACAAUGAAUUUCUGCCUUUUUCUUCAUAUCAUAAAAAGGAGAAGUAUGAACCAUCAAUUCUUAGGACAGGCAAAUAUGGCCAAGGAACUUACGGAUUUAAACACUUCCGAGAAGUACAGCCUAAGAAGUGGGUAGCAGACAAGCUUUUGGAAUGGAGUGGGAUGUGGAACACAUCAUAGAUUUAAUGUGGCACAACACUGUCUGCAGAAACUUGGGUGGGACUGUGACUGCCUGCCCAUUGCACCCGAUGAUUGAAUCUGCUGUCACCAGCAUCCUGAUAAUAAUGAACAUUCAGCUUAACGACCGUGAUUAUGAUUAUCAUAAUUGAUGUGCAAGUGCAGUGUGUGGGGAUCAUUACAGCUGAACUGUACAGCAGAGAAACAUGCCUUAGUUAUGGAUAAUUUUACUUUUAUGCAUUGAUUGGGAUAAAAUAUGCCUUUCAAGUUCAACAAGCCAGCUUAAUAUAAUUUUAGGAAGAUUUCUACAUGUAUGAAUUGAUGAUUAUGGGCUUUCUGCAAAACAGUCAUCCUAGCUGUUUGCUUUGAGUUAUUCCAUCCCAUUAAUAGUAGGAAAUAAUUAAAUUAUUAGAUGUUGUUGAGUGGAGAUAACUUAUAGACUACUGGCAACAUUAAUCAAAUAUCAAGAUCAAAUAUUUCUGGUCGCCAUGGCCUUGCCUAGGCUAGGAAAAAUAGACCUUGUAAUUCACUAGCAAUAGCAUUCUAUUUUUGGCAUGCAGAAGAAAUUGGGCUUUGGUCAACAAUACUGUCAUUUUCACAUUGUAUUGUGCAGCCAUUAGGCAAUAAUUGUUCCUUAUAUAAAUUAUAUCACUUCCAGCUUUGUUAAAGGAGGCAGAGAAUUACAAACUCAAAUUCAGCCAGUGGAGGAAAAGGCCCAAUCGACAGCUUCAGGCAAUUGUGGUGGACAGUGAUUCCCUUCAACUUAGAUUAUGUGAAGUUGCUAAAGUAUUUAAUUAAAU